GCAUGACGACGUAUCUCCGCGUCAAGCUAAGUAGCUAGCUGAAUGACGGCUACGAUUACUCGAAGGAGUGGGGCUAACGUCAACUCAUCCGUUACCGGGCCAAUCGACAACUGAAACACAGAGACAGCUGGGUCUCUCUCCCUCAGUGACCACAGUUUGAGCCACCCUCGCCAUGACGGACAACAAGCGUCUCGCCUUCUCCAUCCUCCAGUUCCUCCAUGACCAGCUACAGUCAGGGAAUCUGACCUCAGGCGCCCAGGAGAGUCUGGAAGUUGCUGUUCAGUGUUUGGAGACGGCGUAUGAAAUCUCGACUGAUGACCAGACCCUCGCCGUCCCCAUGACGUUACCGGAGAUCUUUGCCUCAGCCACAGACAAGUUUCCAACUGAGUUGCAGGUCAACAACAACUCUGCUUCUCCACCACCUCUGAACUCCCUCACAGAGGAACAGAGAGACGAGGCAGAGACGCUCAAAACCGACGGUAACGACCAAAUGAAAGUGGAGAACUUUGCGGCCGCUGUUGAGUUUUACUCAAAGGCCAUUGCCAUGAACCCUCAGAACGCCGUCUAUUACUGCAACAGGGCCGCAGCGUACAGCAAACUAGGGAACUAUGCCGGAGCGGUGCAGGACUGUGAACAGGCCAUCGGCAUCGACCCAAACUACAGCAAAGCCUACGGGAGGAUGGGUUUGGCUCUGGCCAGCCUUAACAAACACACAGAAGCAGCAACUUUCUACAAGAAAGCUCUGGAGCUCGACCCCGACAACGACACGUACAAAACCAAUCUGAAGAUUGCAGAGGAGAAGAUAGAAACGUCCAGUCCAACAGCAGGGAUGGGUGGAGUAGAUCUGGCCGGUCUGCUCAGUAACCCCGGCUUCAUGAACAUGGCAUCCUCUCUGAUGACGAAUCCACAGGUUCAGCAGAUGAUGUCGGGGAUGAUGUCAGGAGCAUACGGCGGGGUGCCCGGAGGAGGAGCAGGACUAGGCGGACUAGGAGCAGGACUAGGAGCAGGACUAGGCGGGCAAGGAGCAGGACUAGGCGGACUAGGAGCAGGGCAAGUAGGUGGAGGACUAGGAGCAGGGCAAGGCGGAGGUGGACCAGGCGGAGGACUAGGAGGAAGUGCGGCGCCCACUGGAACCUCCGCUGGAGCACCCGCUGGAGCACCCGCUGGAGCCGGAGAUUUAUCAGGACUAAUCCAGGCAGGUCAGCAGUUUGCUCAGCAGAUGCAGCAGCAGAACCCCGAACUCAUCGAACAGCUGAGGAGUCAAAUCCGCAACCGAACGCCCAGCGCUGGAAACGAGGAACAGCCGUGACACUCGAACACCGUUGGACAGGCGUGCGUGUGGAUGAGAAGAGCUGAUAUGGAUCAUUUAGAAGGACUAAAAGGAGGUUUUUGUUAUUUUUUGUGUUUCCCCCCAUCAUGAAUAAUUCCUGCACGAGGGAACGAGGAGCAACAACCGCUUCAUUCAAGAGCCACGUCACCAAAAAACACCCUCUUCCUGUGGCUCUGUGUGGUUUUUAUGAAGAAGAUUUUGACAUUUAACACUUAAGUGUCAAACACAGAUUCAUUCUAAUAAACAAAUACUGCUCUAA